UCUAACUAGAGUCACUCAGGCUGACCCCUGUCUAUAUCGAUAAUGCUUCGCCGCAAGCCCACAGCAAUAGCAAUAACGUCUGAAGACCUCGCGACGUUUGAGGACGCGCGACUUCGCAAAUUAGCCCAAGAGAACAAAGGCCACGAUCACAUCAAAAACGGUUUCAAUUUUGAUCCCAGUGAUGAGCUGAAACCUUUACCAGGCGAUAAGGCAAGAAUUGUCCGGUCGCGGGAGGAGAGGAUAGGAUUAAGUCGACGCACUUGAGCUGGCAAGUUGUGAUGGGUCAUCGAAUAACCCAACAGCAGUCAGAUUCGGCGCAUGGUCUAUUGUCUUCUUUCGCAUAUUCUUGCAGAUCUUUCUACCGGCUUCACGGAAAUGGUCAUGUUGUCUUCGCUCUCCACGGUCCCAAUCAAUACAUGCCUUCGUUAUUCUACGGAUGUACGUAUGUUUCACUUGAAUAUAUGCAUGGUAUUCUUAUGAUGAAGUAACAUAGGAGUGGGCAACGACAUCUGCAGCUGUUGUACAUGUCAUUUACCCUAUAACUGUCAGUUACAUCAGGAGCUGGAGGGUUCGCAAAUAUAAUGGCUUAACUGUAACCCAGGCUAUUUAAGGGUGAAAAUUAUUUAUUUAUUUAUUUUUUAUUUUUAUUUUUUUAUGUUUCCUGGGAUUCCAAC